AUGUUCACCAACGGUCUCUUCUCUUGGUUCUCCUCCAGAGAGUCCACUCCCAACACUGCCUCGGAUGGUUCUGCUACCACUAGCAUCGAGAACCACCAGCCCAUCAGUCCAAAGGCCCCUUCCACCGACGGCAUGGUGAAUGAGCAGCCUAACUCCCAGGAGAAUAUGCUGAAACUGCGUGGUGGCGGCGCCGGCGAUGUCUGCUGCGGCCUUUGCGCCGGUCUUCUUUGCUUCGAGUGCUGUGAGGAGUGCUGCUAA